AUUUUUGUUUUAUCUCCAUAGAUAUUUUUCAUCGUCCCACUAAGGGUGUUGUCCACACACUGUAUAAUGUACGAUCGACUAUAGCAAGAAAGCGUUAAAGUAAGAUACCGGUACAUGUUCCUAACAUAAACUAUUUUAAUUCUGUCAGGCAACACUUCUGGCCCAGAAUCCCGCCUGCGGAGAGUCAGUCUAAAGGACUAGCAAUGCAUCAGCUUGUACAACGAGUUAAACAACGAAGGAAUGGUGAAAACAAUGUGGUAAUGGGCAAAUCUCCAAUGAUUAUCAAAGCUUACAGACCUCCAAGAGCGCCUUACGCCAUACAACAGCAGUCUCUUAUAAAGAGGGUGAUGGCGGUGCGUCCUGUUUUCGACAGCGAUAGAAAGAAAGGGAAAAAUUCUUACUUAAUUCCCCCACCUAAGAAAACAAGACCAUCAGCUGAGGGGCACGUUACAACGAAAUUAGCAGCAACCAGGACAGGGGAAUUAGAAAUGAAUACAUGGCGACCAGAGCUACAAGGUCAACAUCAGCCAUUUGUACUCCCGUCGGCAGAAGACCGGUAUGUACAGAACUAUAAACUACAGAUGCAGCAAGCUGCAAAACUGAUGGAUGGUCGCUUCCACUACGCUCAAUGUGAUAUAAGCCUUCAAGAUGGCUACACAUUAAACCACGCAAACCCUCUGCCACCGAUAUCAGCAUCGCAAGCCUCACAAGAACAUCAUAAUGACGACGUAGGUGAACUAGAAAAUCAACUCUCUGCCGCUCCGUCAGGGAUUCAAGAGAGUACUAUACAUUUGCAUUUUACAGAUCACAAUAAAAAGUCACGAAAAGUAUCUAAGAAAAAACUUCAAAAAGAAAAAUGGAAAGUCGUCGAAGGUGAAGCUUAUGAAAAUAAUCUCAGGACAAAAUAUAAAUUUACAAACGAUAAACGUCAAUUUAAAGACGACCUAGAGAGAAUGAGAGAGCUAUCGGCUAUUCGAGAGGACCUUUCUAUUUUAGGAGAUCGCACGCACAAACUACCAUCGACUCACAGCUCAACUUCAUUAGAUCGCAUAGAGGAAAACAACGCAAUCAAUACAUUGAAUAGCGUCGAAUGUAGUCAUUAUAAUGGACUGUAUGGGGAUAAAGAUACCUUGAAUAGCGUUGAACAAUUGGCUCAAAUAUCUAGAAUUGAUAACGAGGUCAUGGAAGCUUUGGAUUUAGAAAACAAUAAUAAAGAACUUCUACAAACUGGUGAUAAAAACGAAACAAUCGAAGAAAGUGAGGUUAUAUCGCGACAAAAUUUAGUCUACACAGAAAAUGUAGUAGUGCCCUCAGUAGGUCAACCUGGUCCUGAAUUAGAAGGAAUGAUAACUUUCAAUGAGACAGACAACACACUAAUACACAAUACAACACGCGAUAUACAAGCUCAGCAUGUGGAUGAUGUUAAAAGUAAAUUCGAACAAACUGAAACUGAAAUCAGACGAAUUAACGAAAAUCCUAUUGAAGAUGGAUAUUAUAAAUUUGUAUCUACUGAUGACACCAAGUUAAAAAAAAAGAAAAAAAGAUGACCACACUUAUAGGAAUUUAAAUGAAAACGCAAGGCAAUUAAUUAGUUCAGGAGUCGAGUACAGAUCGUGAAUUUGUUUUUUCUGUUGAAAUAUUUUUGCAAACUUGCGUAUCACGGGGUAAUAUUCAUACUUUGUUAUCUGUUUAUUGUUCGAUGCAAUUUUUCUCUCUGAAAUAUUAACGUAUUUUAACAUAUUAAAAAAAAUAUCAGCGUAUAAUGCUACAGACGUUUCCUCUGAAUGAUUACUUUCAGAUAUUGAUGAUUAUUCGUGAGUCCCAUCCUACCAAAAUUAAGGAUGGUUAUAUUUUCAAUCAUAAUAGGUGAUGGAGAGGACCCCAUUUAUUGGAGCAAAAAAAAA